AUGGUCUCCGAGCUUUGCCCCGUCUACGCGCCCUUUUUUGGCGCCAUGGGUUGCACAUGUGCCAUUGUAUUCACCUGCCUGGGUGCCUCAUACGGUACUGCCAAGUCUGGUGUCGGUAUUGCUGCCAUGGGUGUCCUCCGCCCUGACCUUAUCGUGAAGAACAUCGUUCCCGUUAUUAUGGCUGGUAUCAUUGGUAUCUACGGUUUGGUCGUGUCUGUCCUCAUCUCCGACGGUCUCAAGCAGGAACUCCCUCUGUACACUGGCUUCAUCCAGUUCGGUGCUGGUCUGGCUGUCGGUCUGGCUGGUCUUGCUGCUGGUUUCGCCAUCGGUAUCGUUGGUGAUGCUGGUGUCCGAGGAACCGCACAGCAGCCCCGUCUCUUCGUCGGCAUGAUUUUGAUUCUCAUUUUCGCUGAAGUCUUGGGUCUGUACGGUCUCAUUGUUGCCCUGCUCAUGAACUCCAAGGCCACUCAAGACACCGUUUGCCAACGAAGUUUGGCCUCGACCGGUUUCAUUAUAGACAGUGGCGGUGAAGGAGAAUCUAGUGUAGUCUCUGUUGCUCAUAUCAUGGUUUACAACACAGAAUUCCCUUGUCUUGCGUCGAUACAUCUGUCUGACUCGGACUUUGUCUGA